UGACCUUCCAUGGGCGUGGUGAAGAAUCGUCGUGUAGGAAAACGGCAAGAAGUCACUUAGCCCGACCUAUAUAAACUAGCUACCGGGUGUGUUGGGUAUCAUUCGACCCAAGUCCACUUGAGACGAAACAUUCCACAAUGGCUUUCAAGCUUUUCGUUCUUGCCGCUUUCGUAGCCGUCGCCAGGGCCUCAGUCAUCGCCCCUGUGUCCUAUGCUCACGUUCCCGUCGUCAAGACCGUAGUCGACAGCGAGUAUGACCCCAACCCCCAGUACUCCUACGCUUACGAUGUCCAAGACCCCAUCACCGGUGACUCAAAGAGCCAAGUUGAAAGCCGCAGCGGAGAUGUCGUCCACGGACAAUACUCCCUCAACGACCCUGACGGUACUCGCCGUACUGUAGACUACACUGCCGACCCUAUCAACGGAUUCAACGCUGUCGUCAAGAAAAGUCCUCUUGUCCACGCUAUUGCCACUCCCGUCGUCAAAUCAGUUCCUGUAGUGCAUUCCAACGAGGUUGUUGCUAAUGUCGCUAACACCGUUGCCUAUUCCGCUCCAGUGUCCCACGUCGCCUACUCCGCCCCCGUGGCCCACAAUGUCGUCGGAACCCCAGUGGCGUACAGCGCUUACGCUCACCCCUAUGCCUACAACGCCUACAACGCUUACCACGUUCCUUACGUUAAUGCCCACUACUAUUAGGUUCCUUGACUAAGACUUGAUGCCUGUACAAUGUAAUUUAGGUUACGAUAAAUAAAAAAACAAAAAAUA